AUGGAUCCAACCACAUCCCAAAGCGAGGUCCAGGGCGACGACAAGCCUACGGAUGGAGCUGAUACUAUUCCUAAGGGCGAUGAGUACCGGGCGUCACGGCCUGGUAAGGUCCGGCUGAAAUCUAAACAUUCAUCCGGCCGGAGAUCCCACGAUAAGAAACGAUCCCGCAAUAAAGACGACCAUGAUGAGAGCAGGAGACACAGACACCAUCACCGUCGACACCGUCGUCGCCGUCAUCGCAAAGAUUCUGAACCGGAACCAGAACCAGAGGAGUAUCGCUCACCUCCCGUUUCACCUAACACAGCCUUUCGUGAGUCAUUGUUCGACGCACUCGCUGAUGACGAAGGGGCGGAUUAUUGGCAGGCAGUGUACGGCCAGCCGAUACACACAUAUGCCAGACCAGAUGAGAGGGGAGAGCUGGAAAAGAUGACUGAUGAUGAAUAUGCUGCCUAUGUUAGGGCACGUAUGUGGGAGAAGACUCACCAGGGGUUACUAGAAGAAAGAGAACGGCGGAGAAAGAUUCGUGAAACUGAAAGGGAACAGGCCAAAGCAUACGGAAGGCAUACCAGCAGAGCAGAAACUGAGCGUGAAGCGUUUGAUAGGAUGGUGGAAGAAAGCCUGAAACGCGGGAAGGAGAGGAAGUCGAGAAAAGAACAGGCAAAUACCUGGCUUGAUAUCUGGAAACGGUAUCUUGACUGCUGGGAGAAUUUGAAUAUGCGUGCACAAGAAGGUCAAACUUCUUCCAGUCCUGCUGAUGCUCUUCGUAAUGUGCUUGUUUGGCCUGUUGAAUCUGGCAAGCGGAAGGACGUGAAUAUAGAUUCUGUGAGACAGUUUCUGAACAACGCUCCGGUUCCAAAUGGUAGUUCUGGGCCCGAGAACCUCAGCUCUAGAACUUCAAAGCACUCCAAUAUGUUGGCUGUCUUGAAACUAGAGCGUGUGAGAUGGCAUCCUGACAAAAUACGGCAUAGAUACGGAGUCCUGGGAGUUGAUGAUAAUAUAAUCAAAGCUGCCACCGAAGUAUUCCAGAUUUUAGAUCGGAUAUGGGUGGAAGAACAAGCAAGACGAUGA